UUGGUUAAUCCUUUUGGUGUUCCUUUAUUAAAUACAAUUAUUUUAUUAAGAAGUGGUGUAACUGUGACCUGGGCACAUCACAGGUUAUUAAGAAAUAAGAGUUGUACAAAUAGAAUAAUUUUAACGUGUUUAUUGGCAGUAUAUUUUACUAGAAUUCAGUUAAUGGAGUAUAAAGAGGCUAGGUUUUCAAUUUCUGAUGGUAUUUUUGGUAGUAUUUUUUAUUUAUCUACUGGUUUUCACGGUAUUCAUGUAUUGUGCGGUGGGCUGUUUUUAGGAUUUAAUUUAUUACGUUUAUUAAAAUCACAUUUUAAUUAUAAUCAUCAUUUAGGUUUGGAAUUUGCAAUUUUAUAUUGGCAUUUUGUUGACGUAGAUUUGGAUCUCAAAUUGAAAAGAUUAAUUCUGGUUAUUAUUUGUUGUUUUAUGCGAGUUUAUUUUAUUUUUUACAUUUGUGAUUACCUAAAGCACAUGUUGAAGCUCCUACCACAGCAAGAAUAUUAUUAG